AAAAAAUAAAAAAUAAAAUUCCCAUUUUCAAUUUUUGGCACAGACAUGAUCGACGAUGCAAUAGAUUAGUCGCCCAUUUGCCAUUUCUCGCAGACUUGUUCUUCUCUGGUUUUUUUUGAUUUGUUUAUUGCGUUUGUCUCCGUUGAUAGAUAUGCAGGCCACGUUUGAUGUUCUGCGAUUUUUCGUGAUGUUUUUAUAUCGUUUUUUGUAAAAUAUUGUUGUUGUUGUUGUUUUGUUUUAUUUUUCGCCAUCGGUUUUGUGGUUUGUUGUUAGAUCUGGAAAAUUUUGUUGGUUUCUGGUUCUGAGGUUUCCCUGGACGAGUUGCGCGGCGGAGAUUGAAGGAAAAAUUUUUGGAAAUUGAAGCUGUGUGGAGGAGAUGGCGAACAGAGUGGAUCAUGAGUAUGAUUACCUAUUUAAGAUCGUUUUGAUUGGCGAUUCCGGCGUCGGGAAAUCCAACAUCCUAUCUCGCUUCACCAGAAAUGAAUUUUGUCUGGAGUCUAAAUCCACCAUCGGUGUCGAGUUUGCUACGAAGACUCUUCAGCUAGAAGGAAAGACAAUCAAAGCCCAGAUAUGGGACACUGCCGGGCAAGAGAGGUACCGAGCCAUCACAAGUGCAUACUACAGAGGAGCAGUCGGCGCCCUCCUCGUCUACGACAUCACCAAGAGGCAAACCUUUGAAAAUGUUAGAAGAUGGCUCCGGGAACUCAGAGACCACGCAGAUUCAAACAUAGUCAUCAUGAUGCUCGGGAACAAGUCCGACCUGAGCCAUCUCCGGGCAGUGUCGGAAGACGACGGCGGAGCUCUGGCCGAGAAGGAAGGCCUGGCGUUCCUCGAAACGUCGGCAUUGGAUGCCCACAACGUCGAGAAGGCGUUCCACACGAUCCUCACAAACAUACACCAGAUUGUGAGCAAAAAGGCGUUGGCCGCCCAAGAAGCUGCUGCUGCGGCAUCCAACGUGCCCGGCCAAGGUAGGACCAUUAAUGUUGCUGAUUCGACUUCUGGAAAUGCCAAAGGUGGCUGUUGUUCUAAUUAAGUUUCGUGUUUUUUGCGCGACGUGAUGUGACGCUUAUAUUCGUACUUGCUCGAACUUGAACUUCUUGU